AUGUAUACAAAGAAGACCAGAAAAUCUACAAGAAUAGGAGAAUAUAUUACUAAAAUGUACGAUGGCUGCCGAACCAGUAUAAUGUGUAAGAAUAGAGAGACCCUGACAGUGGACCUGCUGAGAGGCGUCAAGCAGGGGGAUCCACUGUCUCCGCUAUUAUUUAACUUAGCCGUAGAUCCAAUUAUACAGGAUAUUGACGAGACGACUGAGGGCGUCAAGUUGGGAGACGAGAAUGUCUCCAUUACUGCAUUUGCUGACGAUCUGGUUCUGAUCGGAAAGGAUCAGAAUGAAGCGCCCAAUGCACCUCUUCUGGGAACCCUAGACAGGCUGGAUCAGGAAAUUAGAACAAUUAUAAAGAAGAUCCUACGCCUGCAUCCGUCGACAACAGAUGGACUAAUUUACACGGACAAAAGUCACGGGGAUCAGGGGGUCCCGAGGAUGGCAAACAUUGUUAAAUUAGCAAAGCUAAGGAGCCUGACCAAAAUGGGAAAUUCGACUGAUGCAGCAGUCAGGCAAGCCUGUUUAGGGCAAGAGGGAAUUGCAAAGAAGUAUGCGGCGUCUAUGGGCCUAGAAUGGCCGACAUGCCAUGGUGUCAGGGAGUUCUUCGGGGAUAAAGUCGGGAACGCCUGGCUUUAUACCCCGGAAUUAUUAAAAGCAUCCAGGUAUUUGGAUGCAUUAAAAUUACGAACAAAUACAUUUGGCACCAGAGUUGCCAUGAAAAGAGCAAAAAAGGAAAUAGAUUACACGUGCAAAAGAUGUGGAACCCAAGCAGAGACCCUAGGACACAUACUAGGCAACUGCACCCAUAGCGAACCCAUGAGAAUAAAGAGCCAAGGACCUGAUUUGGUUAUCAAAGACCAAGAUAGGGUCUACGUAGUGGAUGUUACCGUACGUUAUGAAUACAAGGAAAACCUGCGGGACGCAGAGCGCGAGAAGAAAAGAAAAGGAGCAAUGCCCAAGGACACUAAGGAAAAUAUGAAAGUCCUAGGGCUCAAAGCGAACCACAUGCUUACGGUCUCAUUGAUCGCCCUCAGAUCGUCGAUCGAGAUGGCUAACCAGUUUAUUGACUAUGACUACACUGUGUAG